AUGGUGCAAAAGUGCUUCAUUGUGACGCUGCGUAGAUUUGAGGCCUGCAAACAGCGAUCGAAGAUUCUGGGAGAACUAGAGUCAUUGAGAAAUGUUCUCCCUGAUGAUGAAUACCCUUGCUACCCAUCGGACGGAUCCGAGUUGAGACACUUCAUCCACCUGAAUGAUUGCCUCGCCCAUGUGGGCGAAACAUGCCGUUAUGAAGACAUUGACCACCUAGAGGGACACCUUAUCGAUAUUGAAAAUAUUCCAUCUAUUCUAGAAAAAGUGUUUGUGAAUCCUGAACUAGCUGUUGGUCAAAAUUUACCGAAGAGGGACGUAUUCUCUCUGGAGAAUUCUUCUAGCUACAUCAAUAUCUACGAGUUCUUACGGCCGGAAAAUCACUACCGCGGGUUUGCAUACCUUGAGCUGAACGCAAUAUUCAUCAGAGAAGAAAAGAGACUAUCCAGAAUUACUCUCUUUGUUGUUAUUACUACCGCUUUAUUGACUUACACGGGUAGCAGAGUAUUCAAUAGCUGGGAAGCUGGUGUUGGUCUUGGGGCACUAUAUACAUCUUUGAUAACCUUACGGGUCAUGUUGGAUGAGUGA